AUGACUAGUGUAAAUGAGUUGAUGAAGGUAGGUCAGGAGUUAGGGUAUACAGAUGAGGCUUUGAGAAACUUUGUUAAAGAGGAGCAAGCAAGGGAGCGUGAAGAAAGACAUAGUAGGUUAGAAGCUGAGAAGGAACCUGAGAAGGAUAGGUUAGAAUUAGAAGCUAGGUUAGCAAAAGAGAAGUUAGAUUAUGAGUUCCAGAUUUCUAAGGAGAAGUUAGAAAUAGAGAUAGAAAUGGAAAAAGAGAAGUUAAGUAAUGAGGCUAGGGUUGCAAAGGAGAAGUUAGAAAUAGAGAUAGGAAUGGAAAAAGAGAAGUUAAGUAAUGAGGCUAGGGUUGCAAGGGAGAAGUUAGAUUAUGCUCGUCAGUUAGAAAGAGAGAAGGAGGAAGCAGAAGCUAGGAAGUUAGAUACAGAAUAUAAGAUGAAGAUAGAGUUAGAUAUGUUAGGUAAGAAGAGUGUAGGUAAGGUUAAGGUUAAGAUGACUCCAUUUGACGAAAAGAUUGAUUCUAUGGAUGCGUAUUUGAAUGUUUAUGAAACUUAUGCGUCUGCUCAGAAUUGGGAACAUGAAAUGUGGUCACUAAACUUACCGUUUUUGUUAAAAGGUACUGCUAGGGAGGUAUUUGAUAGGCUUCCAUUAGAAGAUAGGACGGAUUAUGAUAAGCUGAAAGAUGCUUUGUUAAGGCAGUUUGAGGUGACUGAUGAUGGGUAUAAGAAGAAGUUUAGGACUGAAAGGCCCCGUGAAAAUGAGACUUUUGUUAUGUUCCUAGCUAGAAUUUCUAGAUACUUAGAUGGGUGGCUAAGAUUGAGUAAGGUGGAGAAGACUUAUGAAAAGUUGUUAGACUUCAUAGUAAGGGAUCAAUUUUUAGAUAUCUGCAAUAGAGAACUAUAUCAGAACCUUAGUAGUAAGAAGUUGUUUUCAGCCCGUGAAGUAGCGGAAGAUGCAGAUUUGUUUGCCAAGACUAGAGGAGGUCCGAAGUAUGUAGUGAAUCAUGGAAUUAAAGAAAGAGUUAAGCCUUAUGCACUGCCGAGUAGACCUGUAGAUAGAAAUCAAGGUAGUAGUUAUCGUAUGCAAAGAGGUAACGAUAGACUGGUAAAUAGAGGUAGAGCAUCUCAGCAGUAUGAAGGUUAUAAAUGCACAUGUUGUGGUCGUUUAGGGCAUACAGCAUUUUUCUGUAGAAAUAAGGCUACAAAUAAAGCUAACGCAGCGGAAGACAUAGAACCGAACUCAAUGAAUCCAAGUAAGAAUGAUAAUAGUUAUCAGGGUAAUAGAAGGCGAGGAGGUUAUAGAGGUAGGAAUAGAGGUAGAGGAAGAAAUAGAGAUGCAGAUUCGAAAAUUUCGAUGCCGAGAUCAGAUAGUGGUAGUAGUUUGAUAGAACUUGGGGAUUUUGAAGACUUGGGUACAGUUACUAUAAAUUCAUGUCCGACAACUAGAGGUAUAUGUAAUGGUAAAGCUAUAGUUGCAAUGAGAGAUACUGGGUGUACAUGUGUCAUAGUACGAAGGAAUUUGGUAAAUGCAAAUCAAUUGUUAGGGAAGUCCAGACGAUGUAAGUACAUUGAUGGUAGUGAGCACAGAUUAGACAUGGCGUUAAUUGAUCUGGAUUGUCCGUAUUACAGGGGUACUGUAGAAGUACUAUGUGUAGAUAAUCCUACAAAUGAUGUAAUUAUCGGUAACAUAGAGGGUGCUGUAGAACCAAAUUUUGGUAAGUUAGCUUCAGCAGUAGAAACAAGAUCGCAGAGUAAAGUUAAAGCUCAUAGAAAACUUAAAGUUCCUUCACAAAUUUUAGACAUCACUAAUGUAGAGUUUGUAGAGAAGCAGCAGGCAGAUGGUACAUUAGAUGGAUGUAGAAAGAAAGCAGAGGAAGGUACUGUUAGAAACUGUAGAGGUAAAGGGCAAGUGAAGUUUCAGGUCAGGAAUAAGAUGUUGUUUAGAGAGUUUACGGCAGGAAAUGGUGACGUAAGUAGGCAGUUAGUAGUUCCUAAGGAUCUUAGGGAGACUGUGUUAAAAGUAGCGCAUGACUCGCUUUUGGCAGGACAUCUUGGUAUUAGGAAGACAAGUGAUAGAGUCUUAGGGGAGUUUUAUUGGCCAGGUGUUCUUGUAGAGGUUAGACGAUAUUGUCAGUCUUGUGAUAUUUGUCAACGUACUAUUUCUAAAGGUAGAAUAAGUAAGGUAACUUUAGGUAAGAUGCCUUUGAUUGAUACUCCUUUUAAGAGAGUUGCCGUUGACAUUGUUGGUCCGAUCGAACCUAUGACUGAUAGGAAGAACCGAUAUAUUUUGACCAUGGUAGACUAUGCUACCAGAUAUCCUGAAGCAAUUGCAUUGCCUAGUAUAGAGACUGUAAGAGUAGCCGAAGCAUUAGUUGACAUGUAUAGUAGAUUAGGUGUUCCAGAGGAAAUGCUUAAAGAUUGUGGAUCACAAUUUACUUCACAAAUUAUGAAUGAGGUUAGUAGGUUGCUGUCUCUUAGACAGUUAACAACUACACCGUAUCAUCCGAUGUGUAAUGGUUUAGUGGAGAAAUUUAAUGGUAGUUUAAAGCAGAUGUUGAAACGGAUGUGUAGUGAAAGACCUACAGAUUGGGAUAAGUAUUUGAAUGCUAUGUUGUUUGCGUAUCGGGAAGUUCCACAAGAGAGUUUAGGAUUCUCGCCAUUUGAAUUGUUAUAUGGACGUAGUAUAAGGGGUCCAAUUACCAUUUUGAGAGAGUUAUGGUCAGGAAAAACAGAGAAUGACGAAGUUAAGACAACUUAUCAGUAUGUAGUUGAUUUGCAAGAAAGACUAGAAAGUACAUGUAAGAUAGCACAGCAUGAGUUAGAGAAGAGCAGUAUUAGGUAUAGAAAGUAUUACAACAGGAAAGCUAGAGAUAGAACUUUUAAGAAGGGAAGUAAAGUACUGGUUCUUAUACCUACAAAACGCAAUAAGUUGUUGUUACAAUGGAAAGGUCCAUUUGUAGUUUCCGAGGUCGUGAACAAAUUAGAUUAUCGGAUAGACAUAGGGUAA